AUGAGCUUUUUCGAGAAGCUCACCAAGCGGGCACAGCAAGUGGACUCCCUGCUGUGCGUGGGCUUAGACCCCCACCGCUCAGAGCUAGAGGAGGACUCUGCAGAGGCUGCCUUCCGCUUCUGCCAGCGCCUCAUCGAGGAGACCAAGGACUUGGCAGCGGCCUUCAAGCCCAACUGCGCCUUCUUCGAGGUCUAUGGCGCCAAGGGCUGGGAAGCGCUGGAGCGCACGCUGCGCCUGAUUCCAGAGGAGAUCCCGAUUGUCCUCGACGCCAAGCGCGGUGACAUUGGCUCCACCAGCGAAGCCUACGCCCAGAGUGCCUUUCACACCCUGCGCUGUGACAGCGUCACCGCCAGCCCAUACUUAGGGGGCGAUGGCUUGCAGCCGUUCCUCAAGGACGCCUCCAAGGGUGUAUGGGUACUGUGCAAGACUUCGAACCCAGGCUCGCAGGACCUGCAGGCCUUGCAGUUGCCCGGCGGCGAGCCUCUGUAUUUGCAUGUGGCUCAGCUUUGCGAGCAGUGGGCGAAGGAGCACAAGAAUGCUGGCCUCGUGGUGGGCGCCACAGAUGUGGAGGCCAUGCGGAAAAUCAGAGCGAAGGCACCAGACGUGUGGUUCCUCUCCCCGGGCAUCGGCGCGCAGGGCGGGGACCUGGCGGCGGCGCUCGGCGCGGGCCUGCGCAGCGACGGCCUGGGCAUGCUGCUGCCCAUCUCCCGGGGCAUCUCCAAGGCCGAGAGCCCCCGGAAGGCGGCGGAGGCUUUCCGCGCAGAGAUGAAUGCCUGCAGGGCGAGCAUUGUGGUUGACUUCCAGAAGGGCCUGGAGGAAAUCCCAGACGAGCCGCUGCGCACGGCCUUGCAAGACUGGGCACAGCGCAUGAACGGCCACAUGCAGGAGCUUCGCGACAUCGUGAGCCGAGGCGCGGAAGCUCCGGAGGCGGCGGAGAAUCCAGACUCACAGGAAGGGGAGGCGGUGGCUUCAGACGAGCAGAUGCAGAGCGUGCGGGAUUUGCGCAACCAGUUGGUGAGCCACCGCACUGGCAAGACCACGGAGGAGGUGGAGCAGUGGGCAGACCCUGAGGAGUCAGCCAAGGAGGUGGAGGAGCUGCGGCGGGUGAGGCGGCAAAUCCGUUAUAUCUUUGGGGGCAUGCUGCAGAGCCUCCCGGAGGCUGGCACGCUGCGGGUCGAUGACCUCAUCAGUGAUGCUGGCACGGAGAUGCUGAUGCAGCAGGCAGCGGCGAUAGCAUAA